UGAUCACAAGUUCCAGAUCAUUCCACAGCCUUCCAGACUUCCAGUACCUGUGGGCGCACACCUCCUCCCCUACCUUUUUAUAUUCCCAAUUCCACUUCUUUCCGUCUCCAUUAUUCGGCAGCUUGUGCUUACCAAAUCCUCCCUCUCAAGCUCCUCGAAAUCUUGAUUCUAAAUUUUGGUGUUUUUGGGUUGUGGUUGUGUUCUUUAAUCCUAUGGCAUCUGAGCCCGAGGUGUCGGAUGUUUCUUCCAUUUUCGAUAGGCUGGUGAGGAGCCGAGACCACUCUUUGUUCAUACCCUUGAUGCUGGGAUUCACCAGCCCAGUAAGAGACUCACAAGCGCAGGAGCCCCCGGAUCAAGAAUCUGACGAUACACCCACAACCACGCGCGACAGAUUGAUCCUCGUUAACCCUUUUACGCAAGGCAUGGUGGUGAUUGAAGGAUCUACGAGCUUGGAGAACCUGCUGCACGAAGCGGGUGUCAAGGAUGGACAGCCACCGGCCUCGAAGGCAUCCAUAGAGGCCAUGCCGAACGUGGAGGCUGGUGAAGAUGGUGGGGAGUGUGCGAUAUGCUUGGAUGAGUGGGAGGUUGGUGGAGUGGCAAAAGAAAUGCCCUGUAAGCAUAGGUUCCACGGGAAUUGCGUAGAGAGGUGGUUGGGGAUGCAUGGGUCUUGCCCUGUUUGCAGGUAUAAGAUGCCUGUCGAGGAGGAGGAGGUGGGGAAGAAGAGGGACGAGGAAGGGAGAGAAAGCAGGAGGAGGAUCGAGAGGGAGAUUUGGAUCAGUUUCUCUUUCAAUAGUGGUAGGAGAAGUGGGGAUUCCACUCAAUCUCCGACCACUGAUUCCAACGAUUCUUCAUCUAGUCCUAGACCUGAUCAUGGAACGGAGGUUUAGACAAAUUUUGCGAAAUUAAAUAGACUUGCUUUUCCUUUUUUUUUUUUUUUUAAUUGGGAAACAACGUGUACAUGUGAAAAUUUUUUUAGCUUGAUUGUGUUUUCCUUGGAGAAAUAAAGGAUUUCCAUUUUAUUUUCUUGUA